AUGACGCGAGCCGUCUUUGAGGAUUCUACGGCGGCGGCGGAGGAGAAUCCUCGUAUAGACUGGGAUGCCGAGACGGCUGUUCCAGAAUGGUUGCAGGAGGAGAUUAAGAAGGUUGAGAUGACGACCGUCGCCGACGCUGCGAAGAGAGGCAAGACAGAGGCCGGUAUCGAAGUCCUCCUCACAGGAGCAUCCUCUUUCCCAGGAAGCCACAUCCUCACAGCCCUCCUUCACCACCCAUCCGUCCGCAAAGUCCAUUGCAUCGCCGUCCCCUCCGACCACCACCACCAACUCAGUUCCUCGAUUCCCUCUGCUUCCGUCGCCGAGGUGGCCUACUACACAGGCACCCUCCUUUCCAAGAACCUAGGCCUAACUCCCACUGAACGAAACCACCUCGCCCAGACCGUCCACAUCAUCGUCCACACAGCUGCUCACGGCCACUGCCUAAACCGCUUCGCCACCCUCCGCCGUCCCAACCUCGAGGCCUUACACUCUCUCGCCUCCCUGUCUCUGGCAUCAUCCCUGACUUCAGGUUCCGCUUCGUCAUCACUUUGCAAAACAGCAAUCCCAAUCCUCUACCUCUCCAGCCCACGCACCCUCCUCCUAGCAGGUACAUCCGAAACCCCCAGACCUCCAUCUUCCCUCCGCGAUUUCCCGCCGCCGGCUGUGGAUGGCUCGGACGGGUACACGGCGAGUAAGUGGGCCGGGGAAGUGUUCUUGGAGAAUCUGAUAUCACCCAGCCUCAACAUCGCAGUACACAGAUCCUGCACCCUCGUCAGCUCCCAAGCACCCAACUCGGACGCAAUGAACGGCAUCCUCCGCUACUCCCUCGCCAUGCGCACCGUCCCGCGUCUCCGCCGCGCAAAAGGGUUCCUAGACUUUGCCCCCCUCGACGACGUCGUCGGCCGCAUCGCCGCCGCCGCCGUCGAGUUGGCCAGCGUGCCCCGAGGUACUUCUCCAUCAGUAGCAGAAGCCUCACCACCAUCGUCGUCCAUCCACUUCCGCCACCACUCCGGCGGUAUCAAAACUCCCUUCUCGCAAUUCCGUACCCACAUGGAGACCGUCUACGGCGGCGCGUUCGACGAGGUUGAUAUGCAAGAGUGGCUCGUCCGUGCUGCACGACAAGGUCUGGAUCCGCUUAUUACGGCGUACAUUGAGGCCCUGCUUGAGAGCGGAAUGCCGUUGGUUUCGCCGUAUCUCGGAGAAGAGUGA